AUGAACGUAGAGGGAGGAGGAGGAGGAGACGGUGGAGUUCUGUUGAAGAAGGGGCCGUGGACGGCCACGGAGGAUAGUGUUUUAACGGAGUAUGUAAGGAAACACGGAGAGGGUAACUGGAACGCCGUGCAGAGAAACACCGGCUUGGCUCGUUGUGGCAAAAGUUGCAGGCUCCGUUGGGCUAAUCAUUUGAGGCCUAACUUGAAGAAAGGUGCAUUUUCUCCUGAAGAAGAAAGGCUUAUUGUUGAAUUGCACGCUCAGCUCGGUAACAAAUGGGCUCGCAUGGCUGCUCAGUUGCCGGGAAGAACUGACAAUGAAAUCAAAAACUACUGGAACACAAGAGUCAAGAGACGCCACCGCCAAGGCCUGCCGCUGUAUCCGCCGGAAAUUCAACCGCAACACAAACACCAGCAACUCAACCAUCCACAAUCUUCACAAUCUCAUCAUUCUUAUCACUCAACUCCUUCAACUCCCACAACACCAAACUCAGCUUCCUUCUCUUUCCACACAACUCAUACAACUCCCAACACCCCCAACGCCAGUCACCACCACCACCAUAGCUACCACAACCACCCCUACCCUUCACCGUGUUACAGCCGCAGCCAAACUCCCAACCCUCUCUCCCCAACUCCUCCACAGCUCUCCCCUAGCCUCCAGUCUUCAACUUUCCCAACUCUUUCUCUCUUUGACUCCACGAAUGGCCAUCACUCCAACCAUCCAAACUCAAAUGCAAAUAUGAACAACCCCUUUAAUAUGCCUAGAACUCCUCCUAUUCUUCAAAACCCAAUUCGUUUUAAACGCAUUCAUCCUGAUAGUAAUAAUAUCAAUAACAAUCCUAGUAACAACAACCAAAACAUGGAGAAUAUUCAUAAUAAUAUGAAUAUGAGUUAUCAAAAUAACAACUUUUCGCUUCCUUUUAGUCCACAGUUCUUGAGAAAUUCUUCAUCGCCUAUGCUAAUUCCCCAGAGUACUAAUAGUAAUAACAAUAACAUUAACAGCAAUAAUCAUAACAAUCCUUUCUCAAAUAAUUCUAAGUUGUUGUCACAUCCUUCGUUUUCAUCUAUUCCCGUUAACUUCAAUGCUCAAAACUCAUCAAUGUACCGAAGCCCGGUUGAGAAAGAUGGGUUUUUGAGCAAUGAUUCGGGAAGUUUUAGUUUGAAACCGGAGCUUCCUUCAAGCCAAGCAUUGUCUCAGCAAAAUGGAAAUGGUGAGAUGAAUUUUGAUAAUGAGAAGUUGAGUGUGUCGAGCAGUGGAAGUGGGUUGUUGGAGGAUCUUCUAGAGGAGGCUCAGGCCAUGGCUAGCAACUAUGGUGAUGGUUCAAGGCGGCUAAGCGGUGUGGGUUCCAUUGAAGAUGAGAAUAAGCGUGAGUUUGGUGGGUUUAAUCAAUGGAGUGAUUCAAAUUCUUUGAAUUUAUCUUCAGGAAUGAAGCCUAAGGAAGAAAACGAGCCAGGUCAAAUGAACACGCAUGAAGAUUUAUCAAAGUUCCUGAAUGUGAUUCCUUCAAUGCAAGUUCCAGAAUGGUAUAAUGACUGUGGAGAAGCCUCAAAUUGCCAAUCUUCAGUAGUAACAGAUGAUAAUAUUGGACUUGAGAUGCAGCAAAUAGCUUCAUUAUUUCGAGGUGACUCUAACACAGGCCAUGUCAGGAGCAAUCAGGGCUCCUGCUCUUUUGAUAACUUUCCAGGAAUCUGCUAA